UGGCUGGCUGCCCUCGGCUCGUAAGCAUCGCGGCUGCUCAUAUCUCUCACCUGAACUAUGCGGCUGUCUGUGUGUGAGAGAGCGUAAGUGAAAGCGUAUGCGUAUGAGGGUGUGUGUGUGUCCGUUCGAGCGUUUGCGAGUGUGAAUUUGUGCGUGCGGGCGCCAAGCUUUUGUGUGCUUAACUACCAACAACAACAGCAUCAUUGAACCACCUGCCACAGCUCUCUGCUAUUUUCAGUGACUGUUAAAAAAGGAGAAAUAAAUACACACAAAAUAAAAGAAUCCCAAACUUCCGGCUGGCGAUUUGCAUAUAAAAAAGCGAACGAAACUGUCGUAAACUCUGCUUUAAUAGCAGCAAAGAAACACCAGGAGCAGCAACAACAACGACAAGAACGACAGUAACGGUAAACAAGCAAAAACAUUUCGCAAAUCAACACAGCGCGCAGGAAAGUAGGCAACAGUUUUUUGUUGCGCACCAUGGAAAUGGACGUCAAUCGCCAGACACGCCACAAUGCCAACCUAAUGACCAUAUCCGCCCGCUGCUGUGCCAACAACAAUGCAACAACAGGGACAGCAACAACGACAGCAGCAGAGAGUGAAACGCCAGCAGCGAGCGGCUGCUGCGGCAUCUUAAGUCGUUUGUUCUGCGUGAGCCGCCACAAGGCGACACAGUCCGUGGCAGGCACCGAGUGCAGCCAAGGCGAGCCGCUGUUCAUGCAGCGCAAGACGCUGACAGCGCAGCCGGCAGCGCAGCGACGUCGACGGACUCCGCAGGAAAUCUAUUUCGAGAGUCGCGGCAAGUCCUGCAAGAAGCUAUUGAAAUUCAAUGGCCAUUCCAAUAAGAUAUUGCUGUAUCCGGAGGAGGGCUGGGCGCGCACCGCCUCAUCCAGCUACUGGACCAUCACGCCCUGCUGGUGGCAGCCGAACCGUUGUCGCAUUGUAGAGUGCGCUGGCACGCAGCGGCAGGCGACCAAGGCCAGGAUGCUGCCCAUGAACCAGCAGGGCUCUCUGCUGAUUGCCGGACACUUUCGCAGGCCGUCAAUAACAUCGACAGGCGGUGCUGCAACAGUCGCAACAAUGGCAGCAACAACAACGCCACCAUCAACGGCUGGAAGGACAACAGCAGCAGCGGCAGCGGCAGCAGUCGGAGCAGCAGCAGGAGCCAUAUCUCGAGGAGGAGGAGGAGGAGCCGCUACUGCUGGCCCAAAUAGUAGCUCGCAGUCAAAGUCGAAGUCACAGCUGGCAUACAAUGAUGAGUUCAAGCUGUAUCUGACAUCGAACAUAUCGAUGGAGGACUACAACAUGGGCUACUGUCUAACUGGAUUCGUCGAGCGUCGCUGCCAGCUGACAAACACCUUUCAAAUGACGCACUUUGCUGUUAUCAAGCGGCAAUGGCCGCCACCGCCGUCCAAGCUCACCAACUCAUAGGCAUCCUGGCAUCCAGGCCCCCAGGGAUCCCUCUAGCCACGCCCACUUAGUACGUAGCAACAUUGUAAGUUGGAGUAUACACUGUGCAUACUCUCUAUUCUCUAACCUAGCCAUUAAGUAGUGAAAUUUCGCAAUGCUGUGGCCAACGUGAUAGCAGAAAAAAUGCAAUACGAGAAGUGCAGCAUACUUUUCAGCGCGGUGUAAAAAUAUUGAACUUGUAGAAACCGCAAGCGCUGGGCACUUUGUCGCCACAUUUUUUAUUUUUGCUAUAGCAACUUCUAUAUGUGUACUAGUGCGUAAUUUGUAAUUUUAACUAAAUGCUCUAAACGUGCUUACUUCGUGUGCUUUCGAUGUUGUGCAAACAACGAAACCGAACAAAACAAAAAACAAAACUUUAAAACAUUAAGCAGUGUAAAGUAAAAUCAAAAUAUUCAAAAGCAGUACGCUUCGGUAUACCGAAGACGGAAUACCCUUGCAGGAAUUUCAUUUUAUUACAUUUAUCGCGAUUCUUGGUCAAGUCGAAAGGACCAAUGCAAGGGUAGGACUAAAGCCGAAAACAAAUAACUGCAAAAUACAAAUACUAGAUGCUUUUAAAAGCUAAAAUACAACUAAACCGCUUUGCCGGCCAACGCACACGCACAAAUACACACACAUUGCAUUGCACACUCACUCACACACACUUACAAACACACAUUCCAUUAAAGCCAGGGCAGCUACUUAAUGCUUAAAAAGUGCAACAAAUUGAAACUUGUGCUUGUCGAAGCAUAUGAUUGUGUGCCAAGUAGAGUUUGUGUGUGUGAGUGCAUGAGCUUUUUUGUGUAAGUAUUUGUGAUUGUAUGUCCAUGUUUCUCUCAACUACGUAAACCACCAUGUUCAAGCGUAUUGCCUUUAAGCUUAAAAUAUGCGCAGCUUAAUAAACAAAUUUUCCUGUUAUUUUCAUUAACGAGCAUUAAGGCUCAUCAUCAUCAAUUAAUACCGGCAUCACAUGGCAUUAAGGCCAACACACUUUUUCUGUUCACACUUUAUUUGAAAUACGAAAUUUCAUUGUAACCAUUUUAGAUCUAUUUUGAAGGCUUAUUUAAUGCUCAUUAAUUGAAUUAAACUUUUCAUGUAACAGGAAAUAUUUAUAAACAAUUUUCAUUUAUAUUUACUUUUAGAUUUCCUAGCAUACAUAUUAUGGUUUUAUAUUUGAAAUAUUUCUGAUUCCACGAAAAAGUGCUACUGCUCUCUAGCUCUUUACUCCACGCUAUACUCUACUCAAGACAAGUCUGUCAAAAUUUUCACUAACACACACUCUCACAUACUCUAUUUCUGUGUCUAUCUCUCUCACUUUUUGAGCAUAAACCGCAACGUAUAUCAACAAUUCGUCCAAUAAUUGGAGUCUUUCGGCGCAACAAAUGGCGCUCACGCCAAUCAAGGCCGAAACUCCAAUUGCCAAAACCCUAAGUGUUAAAAACAAAUGGUAAAAGAAAAAUGUAAACCAAAGCUAUUUAAGACAAAAAUAAAGCUACAGCUAGGCUAAGUGCUAGACAUUAAUAAAAACUUUAAUAAAAACAAAUAACAAAAAUAUUUACAAGAUAGUUUAUAUAUAUGAUAUAUACCUAUAUAAGCUAUUAAUAUGAUAAACUAUUUAUGUGUGUGUAGGCUUGAAGUGAACUCAAAGUUUUUGCCAUACUUGUAUCGGUGUGUUUAGAUAUAUAUACCAUAUAUAUGUAUAUAUGCUAGGAACUCAAUCACUAACAUUUUUUGCUGUAGGGCAUUGCUCGCUUUUAGGCGCUUUUACACGCAGGAGAAACCACGGAGAAAAACAAAUCCAAAUCAAAAAAAAAUAUAUAUACAUAUAUAUUAAAAUCAAUAAACUUUUAUUUAUACAUAUAUUAUUAUACAAGGCCUAUAAUAAAUGCGCUAUCAUUUGCUCUUACUCACAGCCUGUCCCAGUAAUUGAUAUUCAAGUAUCAGGUACCUGCAAAGAAAAACAAAUAAAUUAUAUUAAUAAAUGUGAAACAAAUUGCCAAAAACGGAAAAUAGAAUGCAAAUAUUUGAACAGUCCCAAGUCCAAAAAUUUAACCAGGUAGCACCUAAACCAACUAAUAAAUUUUUUCUAAAUAUACACAAUCAAAAUGUUUUCUAUUAUACAAAUCCCAUGGCACAUACACACACACAGGCACACGCGUGCAUUUUGAUGUUGUUGUUGAUUUCUAUGUGUCUAGGUGAAUGCGUCUUGGUGUGUAGCAUAUUUAUCAGCGCUUAUCUUAGGGCCGUACUUCAAACUUAAAUAAUGAACUGGAAAGAGAAAAACAUCAAAGCAUAAACAUAAAAAAUAAGAAAAUAC